AUGGGCCGCCUCAAGUUCUACGUAGCGGGCUCGGCCAUUAUGGCCAACAUCGUGCUUGCACGCGCAUACUGCGAACGCCCCAACUUUUACUCGGCUGCCGUCUACAUCUCGCAGAGCACUGGCUCGCUGAUGUUCCUGGUCAAUUUGAUGCUCAUUGUCGCAGCAAGCUUCGGAUAUGGACUCCAGCGCCUCUUCUACGGCCCACUUCGCCCUAUCGAGACCGAACAGCUAUAUGACAAGGCCUGGUUUGCUGUCAGCGAGACAUUACUGGCAAUGACCAUCUUCCGGGACGAUAUCGGCUUGUGGUUUUUCACCAUGUUCCUUUGCCUCCUCGCCGGCAAGGUCUGGCAGUGGAUCGGAGAGGGGAGAGUCGAGUUUCUCGAGCAGCAGCCGCCGGCAAACCCACGACUGUUCCACACUCGUCUGGCCAGCUCUCUGCUGCUUUCGGUCUUCUUCGACGUCUUCAUGACCCAGUAUUGCGUCUCCUCCAUCCUAUCAGCAGCUCGGCCAGGCGUCAUGGUCAUGUUUGGCUUCGAAUACGUUCUGCUUGCGAUCGCUUCGAUGUCGACGCUCAUGCGCUACGGCCUGUCGCUCGUCGAGCUAGCCAUUACACAACGCCAGGAGAAAGCGAGAGACGAGGCCCGAACGAUCGCACGAGAACAGGCGCGCCAACAGGGUGCGGAUGCCCCGGCCGAAGUCGAGGACGAAGACGAUGACGCGGACGUGCCUGGAUGGGAAGAGAAGGGUCGCUGGGUCUUCUACUUGGACCUUGCAACCGACUUCGUGAAGGCCUCGGUCUACCUGGGAUUCUUCACCGUCCUCAUGACGUUCUACGGCAUUCCAAUCCACAUCAUGCGAGACUUGUUCAUGUCUGUUCGUUCGCUUAUUAAGCGAAUCAACGACUUUAUCCAGUAUCGGAACGCGACCCGCGAUAUGAACACUCGCUACCCGGACGCGACUGGAGACGACCUGAGUCGAGAGAACAUCUGCAUUGUCUGCCGAGAAGAAAUGCGACCCUGGAAUCCACCUGGCGCUGAAGAGGCGCAGCCAGGGCGCAGGGUGGAUGAAAGACAACGACCAAAGAAGCUGCCGUGCGGUCAUAUCUUGCACUUCAGCUGUCUCAGGAGUUGGCUCGAACGACAACAGGUCUGCCCAACUUGCCGAAGACCUGUACUUGGGGAGGCCACAGCUCAACCCGCGCAACCAAACAAUCCAGCGAACCCAGCUGCACAGAACCAGCAGGACCAAGCAAAUGCGCCAUUUCAAGGCGGACUGCGAGGUUUCUUCCCGGGCAAUGCGCAGCCACCAGCUCCCAACCAGGCUCAGCCCGGUGCACCUCCUCAGGGCGCGCAGCCGAAUCGUCCGGCUGGCAACAUGCGUGUGUUCAACUUUGGUCCUUUCCGGAUUGCUCUUGGAAACCUGCGUCUACCAGCGGAACAAGCCGGCAAUGCAAACAACGUGAGGAACGCUAUCGAUCAGCUAAGACAGCAAGCUGUUGCAGGCCAAGCACCGCAGGCACCCGUGGAGUGGCAGCAAGGCCAAGUUCCCUCACAGCCUAUGCUCUCCAACGCGGCCCCCAACGUGGCCAUGGAUCAGAUGGGUGCAGCUCUUGCGCAGCAGCCUGUCGAUAUUCGUUAUGACAUAUUGCGCAUUCAGCAACAUAUCAUACAGCAGCUUCGCCAGCUGAACGUCCAGAGCGAGCAGCUAGAGGUUUCCUCUCGACUCCUUGUUGAACUUAACCGCCUGAACGCUAUGUCAGUGGCUGGACAGCAAACAAACGCUGCUGCUCCAUUGGAUGCACAGAAUGCGAGUGCCUUCGCACCGCAAGCAUACUUUGCCAGGGGUCAGGCCCUGAGGCAGGGCGAUAUCGGUGUUCCCCAAGGUUUGACGCUCCCAGAAGGCUGGUCACUGAGGCCUAUGGCGCUGGCUGCGCAAUCAGGUCAGGAGAGCACACCACUGCCUUCGCAGUCAGCGGCCAGUGUCCCAACCGCGGCAACCGCAGCGACCGCAAUACCAGAAGCUCAGCCUACUCCCGUUGUCACACCAACAGUACAUCAAGCACAAGCAGAUUCAGCACCGACACAAGCUGCACCUACGACGUCAUCAGAUCCAGCUGUGCCUGCCACAGCCUCAUCGCCCAAGCCCGCUGCACCAAGCUCACUCGGAUCAAGCUGGAGCUUUGGCGACAUCCCCGAGCGAAGCGAGCCCGAAGGAUCGAGCUCCGCAGUCGCAGGCAGCAGCUCGGAGGGACAUGUGACGAAGCGGGCAGUGACCGUGGAAGAUGCCGAAGACAACGAACAGUAG